UAUCGGCCCAUGCUCCGCCUUGGUUCCACAGUAAUUAAGGAAAUAUUACCUACUCGUUUCCUCAGAGUGAAUUCAAUCUCUAACAGUUCACUACCAAUUUAUAGCUGCUUUCCGCAUCCUCUAGUUGCUUUCCGAGCUAGUUCGACCUGCGCCAUGGGUGUGAAAAUUCAUGUUGUUUACUGUGGUGGAUGAGGGUACAGGCCCAAGUUCACCAAAUUCAAGACAUUGCUUGAGGAUGAAUUCCCGGGCGAUCUUGACAUAACUGGUGAAAGUACUCCUACAUCAACUGGGUAUUUUGAGGUGGAGGUAGAGGGGAAGGUGGUGCACUCCAAGAAGAAUGGGGAAGGGUUUGUUGAUGAUGACAAGAAGAUGGCUAAAGUUGUGAGUGCCAUUGAGAAAUGUCUGGGGAAAUAAGUGUUUGCUGACAGAGUUUUACUUCUCCUGUUGUACUUCUUCCUGGGAAUUGCGAAUGAUGGUGUUGCCUGAAGUGUCUAUGGCACGGGUAGCACUUGAUGAUCUAGACUCUUCCUUCGAGACGGCCAGCAGUGUGUGUGUGAAACUCCUACAGUUGCACUACUUUAUAGGAAUUCAAUUCAUAGAAUAGCAUUUUUUUUGUGUGACAAUUUGAAUUUAUUGACGGGCAUUGUAAUGUUUCUGCUACCAUCCCAAAAAGUAAAUAUAUGAUGUUCAAAUGUUAAUAUACCAUCCCAAAAUAAAAAGAAACCACUGUUUUGAAA